AUGCUUCACUCCAAGUCCUCAGCCCUCUUCUCCUUCAUUGCCCUCACCUCCCUCAUCCCAUCGUCCCUCUGCUGGGGUUCCCUAGGCCACCGUACCGUGGCCUACCUCGCCUCCGAAUACCUGACUCCGAACGGCAGUACCUACGUGGCCAACCAUCUCAACGACGAAGACAUCUCCGAAGCUGCCCUUUUCGCGGACAAAGUCCGCCACAUGCCAAUGUUCAACUACAGCGCUGGCUGGCACUACAUUGAUGCGGAAGAUGACCCACCACGCCAGUGCGGCAUCAAUAUCACGCGAGACUGCGCUAUGCAGGGUGGGUGUAUUGUAUCCGCGAUCGUUAAUCAGACGGCGAGAAUCAUGAACGAGAGCACCAGCCAUGCGGACAGAGGGCAGGCAUUGAGGUUCCUGCUGCAUUUCUUGGGGGACAUCCACCAGCCGUUGCACACGGAGGCUGGGGAGAGGGGAGGGAACGCCAUUCCGGUGCUGUUUGGGAACAAGCAUACGAAUCUGCAUUCGAUCUGGGAUACGGAUAUGCUCGUCAAGUACGCUGGUGCAGAGGAGGACGAGAAAGCCAACGCUUUAACAUGGGCCAAGAAGCUGUAUGCUGCCGACCAGGAUCACGCACGUUCCUUGGCUGCUGAGUGUCAGGAUCUUGGUAAAGCUGCGGAAUGUUCGCUCUUGUGGGCCCAUGAGGCAAACAAAUGGAUCUGCGAGUACGUCUUGAAAGAUGAUGUGGCUGGUGUUGAGAACAAAGAUCUCUCGGCAGAAUACUAUGAUGGAGCAGUGCUGAUCGUGGAGGCGAUGAUUAGCAAAGCGGGAAGGAGAUUGGCAGCUUGGGUAAAUGCCCUGGCUGUACAUGCUUUGGAGUCGAGGUUGGGGAGCUUGAACGGCCUUUCCUACAUAGAGGAGUUGAUUCUCAUGCAGCAGGAUUUGUAG